AAACAGUAACGCAACUGCGGGUUGUUUGGUGGACGGGUGUUGCUUGGUGCGGAAGCCGGUCGUCGGUUUUUCGCGCGGUUUUCCGGCGGUAGAUGAGCCCCCUUUGGGGUAAUGGGGGCCGGAACCAGCAGAGACGAUAACGACGAGGAUACCGAUGAGGAUCUAUCAAGAAGAACCUCACAGAAUUUGACUGAAAGUGAAAUAGCAUGCGAAGAAGCGGCUCGUUUAACGGCCGAACAAGAACAAGAGGAAGAUGAAGAGUAUUGCGAUUAUCACGAUCUUCCACCGCCACCGGAUGGUGGCUACGGGUGGGUUAUCGUCGCCGCUUCUUUUAUGUGCAACAUGAUAGUUGAUGGGAUCGCAUACACGUUCGGCGUUUUCAUCAAUGAAUUCAUCAAUUAUUAUGGCGAACCCGCAGGAAAAACCGCUUGGGUUGGAUCUUUACUAUCAGGAAUGUAUCUUAGCGCUGGACCCGUUGUUAGCGCCCUCACCAACAAGUACGGCUGUCGAGCUGUUUGCAUCGCCGGAAGUUUGAUUUCAACAUCCGCAUUCGUCCUUUCCAUUUUCAGUCCGACGGUUAACGUUUUAAUGUUAACUUAUGGUUUUAUGGGCGGAUUAGGAUUCGGUUUGAUUUAUCUUCCGGCGGUGGUUUGCGUCGGAUAUUAUUUUGAAACGAAACGAUCUCUCGCAACCGGAAUCGCCGUCUGUGGAUCUGGGGUCGGAACGUUUGCUUUUGCACCACUCGCGACCGCUUUACUUCAAGUUUACGAUUGGAAAGGAGCUAAUUUAAUCCUUGCUGGGAUUAUUCUAAAUUGUGCCAUAUUUGGCGCUUUAAUGCGUCCCUUAGAAUAUCCCAAGGAACCUAGGGUUAAACCGUUAUUACAAAGAAUGGCUGAAGAAAGACGUAUUGCUAUGGAAAGAGGAAGUAUUGGAGGUUCAUAUUUUAUGGUACAAUUACCAGAUGGAACGAUGGAAAAACGUCAAAAACAACCAUUAAACAUAGAUCCAGGUGUUCAUUCAAGUUUUAAUUUGGAUCAAUUGGCCCCCGGAACGCCGAUAACCCCGAUACCAACCGUCCCCACGUUGCCAACAAUAGCCGAAGCUAGAACUCAAGAGCAAAAUGGUGAAUCUUCUGAUGUGAAAAUAAAAAAUCCUCGUCUUGGUGAAUUAAGAAAUCAGGAUGGAACGAAAGGUGGCGAAUUUGACCCCACGAAUAAAAUGCCGCGAAACGCAUCGCAACCUGCCUUUUCAACCCACGUCGCGUUGCCCAAGAACGGUUCGGUUCCCUUUUUCGAUCGAGCGAGGAAAGCGUCCGUCGGUGAACGUUUUAAACCGAGUUUAAAUCCGAUUAAAUCUUCCUCGAGGGGCGCUGUGAAUUCGAACGGGGAUAUGAGAAAGAGUACCCGAUCGUUUUUGGGUAGUCGAAACAAUAACUCCGAGGUGGAUUGUGAAAGUUUGGGUUACACCUCAUCAAAGUUGUCGUUAUCAAGGGAAAAACCACAAAUGGUUCGUCCGUUAUCAAGAAAGGAUAUUUUUUAUUCUGGUUCUAUUGUUAAUUUACCACAAUAUCAAUCUCAAAAGUCUUUGGAACAUUAUAGGCAAAGUAUUCAAAGUUUAGCUAAACCUAGACCAGAAAAAACUGAUGAAACUGAAUUAUGUCCAUGUUUCGUUUUACCGGAAGGUGUAAAAGCGGCUUUAGGUCAAAUGAUGGAUGUUUCUUUGUUAAAGAAUCCGGUUUUUAUGAUGAUUGGAAUUUCGAAUUUAUUCGGAAUGGCUGGACUUUACGUUCCGUUCGUUUAUCUCGUUGAUGUUGCGAAGAAAGAUGGAAUUGAUGGUGGCCAAGCGUCCUUUUUAAUUUCUAUAAUCGGCAUAACAAACACAAUCGGUCGUAUAGCUUGCGGAUAUUUUGCCGAUUUCCCUCAGGUUAACGCCUUAUUCGUCAACAACAUUUGUCUCGUUAUUUCCACCAUUGCAGUCGCUCUUACACCAUUUUGCCAUAGUUAUGGGGCUUAUGUAGCUAUGGCCAUCUUUUUCGGAUUAGCCAUUUCUGGUUACAUCUCUUUAACCUCCAUAAUCCUCGUAGAUCUGCUUGGUUUAGAAAAAUUAACGAGUGCUUUCGGUCUGUUAAUUUUAUUCCGUGGGGCUGCUACGAUUGUCGGUUCUCCAUUAGCUGGGGCUCUGUAUGAUAUGACGAAAACGUACGAUUUACCGUUUUUCGUAGCCGGUGGAUUAUUCGGAGUCUCUGCAUUAACAAGUUUUGCGGCCCCUCUAUUUAAGCGUUUUGUACCUAACGAACAACAACCGGUCGUGGGGGACGUUUUAACCCCAAUCGAUGAAGAUGAGGAGGAAGAUGAAGAUGAUAGGCCCAUUACGAUAGGGCACGGAAAGAUACCAGAAAUUAUAAAAACCGCUUCGAGUCCGGAUACGGAAAAAGAAAUUAAACAAAUCGAAUCAGUUUUAUAGAAAAUUCAUAUAUUAUUUUAUUUUUGGGGAAACCCCGAAAUGCUAAGAAGACUGUAAUUUAAUUAAAAAGAAGCAAACAGGUUUAAGAAAUAAAGAAAAGAGUAUGUGUGUGAUAAAAAGGUAUUUAUAUUCUAAUAGUCAAUUUUUUUUGAUUAAAAUGGAAAGAAAAAUGAGGUUAUGAUUGUAAAUAAUUAUUACAAAGAAGCAUCAUUAUCUCCGAAAAAUCCAACAAUACAUUAUGUUCAGUAAAAUUAAAUCCAAAAGAUUGUUUUUUAUUGAACAUGUACAUAUUAUAUAAUUUUUGCUUAACUAACCGUAAAAAUUGUCGCACAAUGUAAUACGUAUAAGUAAAAGAAAACUGUAGGUAGUUUUAAGUUUAGGUAAACAAUUUUCUUUCUAUAAUUUUGUCAAAUCUUUUUGUAGUUUGAUAUCUUUGUAAAUAGCGCAGCCAGUUUCCAAAAAGAAAUCGUUUAAAAGGGGAGUAACACAAAGGUUAUGAGAACGAUGUUGAUAAUAAAUAUUUAAAAUAAUUAACACUAUGCUCAGGUCCGUGACGCUGAGGCGCGCAAAGUAAAAGUAACUCGGUAAAUAACCCGACGCUCGAUAGACGCCUUAACUACUACGGUAUGUAAUUAUUAAAUUGAUAAUGAUAAUUGAAACUAAGUACGUUGUGUAUAAAUGAUAAUAAUAAAAAAUAAUAAAUUUAAAAUAGGAA